AUGGAUGCCAAAAGACACCCAAGCUCCUUCCAGCAGCUGGAGAAGCUAGGCGAAGGCACCUAUGCUACUGUGUUCAAGGGCCGGAACCGCCAAACUGGGGAGCUGGUUGCUCUGAAGGAAAUUCACCUCGACUCGGAGGAAGGCACGCCGUCGACAGCGAUCCGCGAGAUCUCCCUGAUGAAGGAGCUGAAGCACGAGAACAUAGUUGCAUUACACGAUGUCAUCCAUACCGAAAACAAACUUAUGCUGGUGUUUGAGUACAUGGAUGGCGAUUUGAAGAAAUACAUGGACACCCACGGCGAUCGAGGAGCCCUGAAGCCUCUAACCAUCAAAUCCUUCAUGUACCAGCUAUUGAAGGGGAUCGAUUUCUGCCACCAGAAUCGUGUACUCCAUCGAGACUUAAAGCCCCAGAAUCUUCUCAUCAAUAGCAAGGGCGCCUUGAAGCUGGGUGAUUUUGGGUUGGCAAGAGCAUUCGGCAUUCCUGUCAAUACGUUCUCGAACGAGGUCGUUACUCUCUGGUACCGAGCCCCGGAUGUCUUGUUAGGCAGCAGAACCUACAACACCAGCAUCGACAUCUGGUCGGCUGGCUGUAUCAUGGCCGAGCUGUAUACGGGCCGACCUCUGUUCCCUGGUACGACCAACGAGGACCAGAUUACCCGCAUCUUCCGCAUCAUGGGCACACCCACCGAGCGAACGUGGCCAGGAAUCACGCAAUUCCCCGAAUACAAGCCGAAUUUCCAGAUGUAUGCCACGCAGGACAUCCGUGCCAUCUUGCCGCAGAUCGACCAGCUCGGAAUCGCCCUUCUGCAGCGAAUGUUGGUACUCCGCCCCGAGCAUCGGAUCAGCGCUCACGAGGCGCUGCAACACCCCUGGUUCCAAGAUCUGGUUAUGCAGCAGCAGCAACAACAGCAGGCGCAGACGCAGCAGGCCAUGCACGCGCAGGCCCAGGCGCAGGGUAUCAGAGGUUAUGCGUCGGCCGUUUCGUCCCAGCAGUAUAACCAUGGCGUGCACUAUUAG